CAAAGUCUAUUCACCCCCCCCCCCUCUAGACUUUGUAUCUCACCACUUUGGGACCACCAAUCCGUUACACAUCAUUUUUGGGUAUAAAUAGGGGUCUUUUGGGUCUACUUUUUACAACCAUUCCUCACACAUUUCAUAGCUUUACAUUGCAUCAUUCCAUAAACUUUUUACAUAGCUUUUUAGAGCCAUUUCUUGAGGAAUUGAGUGUGUUCUUGAUCUAAAUUAGUUUACUCAUAUUCUACUCUUUAAGAGAGUUCUUGUUCUUGAGUGGUUAAGUGUUGUGAACACUUUAAGAGAGUGCAGGCCUUUGGGCAAACAGGAAAUAACCCGAUCAAGAAGCAACCCAAAAAAACUCAAUCCGUACAUUCUUUCCCAUCAGCCACUAGCUUUUAGUCCACUUCUCGAAACAAAGGGAAAACAAAGAAAGUUCAAGAAUUUACUCUUAGAUCCAACCACUCAUCUUUUUUCUACUGUUCGAAUUUACUUGGCUUGUUCUUAUAAUAAGGACUUAUCGGUCAAGUUCUGGACACGGACUUCAGACUGGUUUACUUAGAAUCCAGCUGGAGAGCUGAAUUGGUCUUAUCAUUGACUUCCACCAAGAGGGUCUGCUACGGGCUUGAUGGAAAGCUUGAGUCAGUAUUAGGUUAAGCAUUAUUGGAGCAAUAUGGGUGGGUUAUGCUCGAGAAGAGCAACGGCUGAAGGUUGCAGAGUUCCACAACCCAGCAGUCACAUAAAUUUUGGUUCCGGGACGGUUUAUCAGUCACAGGGAUUGACCACACAAGUGAAUGCCAAUUGUAUAGAAUCAAAUGAUGUGGAAAACAGUGAUAAACCGCCAAAUGAUCAACAGUUUUUUUCUUUCCCAGAGAUUGAUGCUGUUCACAGUGGGGCAGAUAUGGAUGAUAUUGAUGAUGGGAUUCCUCGCUUAUCCAGAACACUCUCACAGAAAUCUAGAUCAAGAAGAUCCAGACAAGCGGCCAUGGCAAAGGUUUCAGAAGUGAGUUCGCUUCUGGGGAGAGCUGGUGGGAAGGCCUAUGAUGUGUUGGAUACAUUAGGUAGCAGCAUGACAAACUUAAACCUCAGUGGGGGGUUUGCAUCUAGCAUGGCUACUAAAGGAAAUAAAAUUUCGAUUUUGGCUUUUGAAGUUGCUAACACCAUUGUGAAAGGCGCAAAACUCAUGAAUUCCCUUUCAAGUGAGAACAUUAAACAUUUGAAGGAUGUUGUGCUCCCCUCUGAAGGGGUGCAACGCUUAAUAUCAAUGGAUAUAGAUGAGCUCUUGAGAAUCGCUGCGGCAGACAAGAGGGAUGAACUGAAAAUAUUUUCUGGGGAGGUGGUUCGCUUUGGAAAUCGUUGCAAAGAUCCUCAGUGGCAUAAUUUGGACCGUUAUUUUGAGAAGUUAGAAUUAGAACUCACACCCAACGGCCAACUUAAAGAAGAAGCAGAAGCGGAGAUGCAUCAAUUGAUGACAUUUGUUCAGUAUACUGCUGAACUAUAUCAUGAGUUGCAUGCCUUGGACAGAUUCGAGCAGGAUUAUCGGCGUAAGGCUCAGGAAGAUGAUAAUUCAAGUACAGCUCAUAGAGGAGAUGGCCUCGCAAUCUUAAGGGUCGAGCUGAAAAGUCAGAGGAAACAUGUAAAAAGUUUGAAAAAGAAGUCUCUCUGGUCAAAAAUCUUGGAAGAGGUGAUGGAGAAGUUGGUGGAUAUUGUUCAUUUUCUACAUUUGGAGAUUCAUGCUAGCUCUGGAGGUGUUGAUAAGGGCAAACCAAUAAGCAAUAACCAUCUAAGGUUGGGAUCUGCAGGUCUUGCAUUGCAUUAUGCAAAUAUUAUCACUCAGAUCGAUACACUUGUAACCCGAUCAGGUUCCGUGCCGUCCAACACAAGAGAUGGUCUUUACCAAGGUUUGCCACCAAGCAUUAAGUCUGCUUUACGAUUCAAGUUACAAUCGUUCCAACUUAAAGAAGAGAUGUCUGUUCCUCAAAUAAAAGCUGAAAUGGAGAAAACAUUGCAGUGGCUUGUACCUAUGGCGACCAAUACGACCAAGGCACAUCAUGGCUUUGGAUGGGUUGGAGAAUGGGCCAAUACAGGGCCUGAAAUAAACCGGAGGUGUGGAGGGCUAACCGAUAUACUUCGAAUCGAGACACUGUACCACGCGGAAAAAGAGAAGACUGAAAACUACAUUCUUGAACUUGUGGUCUGGUUGCAUCAUCUUGUGAGUCAUCCGUCAAGAUGCUCUCCUAAUAAUGGCUGUGGGGUCCGAUCCCCAAUGCGUUCCCCUAACCAGAAGACGGCGAUUCAGUUGUCAAGCCAUAAACCAAGCCCCCCACCAUCUCCCACACUGUCAGUGGAAGACCAAGAGAUGCUCCGCGACGUGAGCAAUCGGAAGCUGACACCUGGAAUCAGCAAAAGCCAGGAAUUUGGGACAGCGAAAGCUGCCAGGUUGUCAGGCAAGCACCAACAGAGGCUGAGUAAGAGCAGUAGUCAUUCACCCACCACUACUGCCACUAGUAGCGCAUCCGGGACAAAGAAAGAUCCCUUCUGUCCCAUAAGGAGACCCUCCUCUGUCCCCGUUAUAAACUUUGAUAUUGAUCGGAUUAAAGCGCUGGACAUCAUCGACAGAGUGGACAUGUUUCAGAGCUUGUCUUGAGAAGAAGCAUUUUGGUAGGAAUUUGCACCUCCAAGUUACUUUCUUACAUGUAUAUCCCCCCUUGGCUAGAGAAAGUUACUACGUUUUGAAAAUUGUGGUUAACAACGGUUUUACUCUGUACCAUUCGUCAAUUACGUUGUACCCCACAUGUGGAUAUAAUGACCUUAGAUCAACCGUUCCAUCUUGGUACAUCCUCAAUUGUUUUGUUUGUUUUUUAAUGCUCAUCUUCAACUUUUUUCUACAACCUGAAACCGUAUUUUGGGGAGGGAGAAUGGUGUCGUGA